CCGCGCUGCGCUCUCGGCCUGGUCCUUGGAUAUGCCGCACACCCAGACUCGGGUCUCCACAGACGCCGGGCUUAUGCGGGGUGACAGCGGGACAAGAGAGCACGAGGAUGAGGCCCCACUUCCGAAGAUGAUGGCGUCGGAGUCGGGUCCCAGGAAGGUGGCGUCAGCAUCUGCAGCCGCGUCGACGCUAUCGGAGCCUCCGCGGAGGACCCAGGAGAGCCGGACUAGGACCAGGGCCCUGGGCCUCUCCACCCUCCCCAUGGCCUCCACAGAGCCCCAAGGGCCGCGGCCGGUCCUGGGCCGGGAGAGUGUCCAGGUGCCCGACGACCAGGACUUCCGCAGCUUCCGGUCCGAGUGCGAGGCCGAGGUGGGCUGGAACCUGACCUACAGCAAGGCUGGCGUGUCCGUGUGGGUGCAGGCUGUGGAGAUGGACCGGACACUGCACAAGAUCAAGUGCCGGAUGGAGUGCCGCGACGUGCCGGCCGAGACGCUCUACGAUGUCCUGCACGACAUCGAGUACCGGAAGAAGUGGGACAGCAACGUCAUUGAGACCUUCGACAUCGCCCGCUUGACAGUCAACGCAGAUGUGGGCUACUACUCCUGGAGGUGUCCCAAGCCCCUGAAGAACCGUGAUGUCAUCACCCUCCGUUCCUGGCUCCCCAUGGGCGCUGAUUACAUCAUUAUGAACUACUCAGUCAAACAUCCUAAAUACCCACCUCGGAAAGACUUGGUCCGAGCGGUCUCCAUUCAGACGGGCUACCUCAUCCAGAGCACGGGGCCCAAGAGCUGCGUCAUCACCUACCUGGCCCAGGUGGACCCCAAAGGCUCCUUACCCAAGUGGGUGGUGAAUAAGUCGUCUCAGUUCCUGGCGCCCAAGGCCAUGAAGAAGAUGUACAAGGCGUGCGUCAAGUACCCUGAGUGGAAGCAGAAGCAUCAGCCGCACUUCAAGCCGUGGCUGCACCCGGAGCAGAGCCCGCUGCCGAGUUUGGCGCUGUCGGAGCUGUCGGUGCAGCACGCGGACUCGCUGGAGAACAUCGACGAGAGCGCCGUGGCUGAGAGCCGCGAGGAGCGCGCGGGCGGCGCGGGCGGGGAGGGCAGCGACGACGACACCUCGCUCACCUGAGCGCGGCUUCGCUGCAAGGACCGGACCGGACAAGACGGGCCGGGCCCGGGGACCGCGGGUCCUCCCGCACUUUCUCCCCUCCACCCCCGCCCGCGCCUCGGGGGGCACUGGGCUCGGGCCCAGGCGGGCGCUGCGGCCCGGCUGAACACAGCCCCAAUAAACGAUCCCACAGCCUCA